AUGCUAACAGUUCUGGAACUAAAAGUCAUCAUCAAGUUCCCUACAGUGGUCGGCGCAUACCCCGGAAGUAACCAUGCCAACGCGUGUGGUGAUGCUGUAUAUUACGAUCCGGUCCUGAAAGAGAACAGCACUCUGUUCAGUUCCUGCCCUGGCAUAGAGGAAGGCAUCAAUGCUUGCCACAGGAGGGGCAAGAAGGUCAUGCUCUCCCUUGGAGGUGGCUGGCCUACGGACUACUACCUCAAGGACAAAGAUGUCGCAGAAUGGACUGCUGAGUUCCUGCUCGGUGCCUACGGCAAAGUCACACCUGAGUGGAAGGCUGCCGAUAUGCCGCGUCCGUUCGGCAACGCGUUUGUAGACGGCUUCGACUUCGAUCUCGAAGCGCAAUUCUAUAACAUGCCCGGAGGUGAUGAGAAGUUUAUCUACGCCAACUACGAACACUUCGGCAACUACGUCAAGACGCAUUCGAACAUGCUUCUCUCAGCUGCUCCCCAGUGUGUUGUCCCCGAUGCUAGGAUCUCCCCUAUCAUGAAGAAGUUGAAAUUCGACAUGAUCUUCACCCAAUUCUACAACACCUGGGAAUGCUCUGCUGCCAAGGAGGUUGAUGACAAGAAGAAGAAGCAGCCCAGCACUUUCACCUUCCAGAAGUGGAUCGACGAGAUCAAGGCCUCAGCGAACCCCGACGCCAAGUUCUACAUUGGAUUGCCUGCCGGUCCUGACGGCGUCGAGAACCAUAAGGACCACUACCUCGAGCCCCUUGACGCAGACUUCUUGCUUCGAUUCUACAAGAAUGACCCCAGCUUUGGUGGUGUUAUGCUCUGGGAGGCGACUGUGUCCGUUAGGAACCCGACAUAUGGCCAGUCGUACGGUACUUGGAUGAAGAAGUCUCUUGAGGGUACCUUCAUGAAGGAUUUCCACCCGGUCGUGUCUUCCAGCACUGUGUCCUCUUCCACCGCUACCCCGACUUCGACUAAGCUAUCAUCCUCCAACACUCCUGUCUCGUCUACGAUGGUCUCGUCUUCCACUCCCAUCUCCAGCAGCGCCAUGACUUCCAGCAGCGCCAUGACUUCCAGCAGCGCCAUGACUUCCAGCAGCGCCAUGACUUCCAGCAGCGCCAUGACUUCCAGCACCCAUGUCUCCAGCAGCAUGGUCUCCUCCAGCACUCCUACUCCCAGCAGCAUGAUCACUAGCAGCAGUGCUUCAUCUUCGUCUGCCUACGUCACCUCGAGCUCGGCUUCCAGCAGCAGCUCUGUCCACGUUUCUUCCAGCUCAUCCGUGGCGGAAUCUUCUUCCGUAGCCUCCAGCUCCUCUUCCGUUCACGACGAGAGUAGCUCAGUCUACAGCGAGAUGCCCACUGCCAGUGAGAGCGCCAGCUCCGUUGCUACCGUCAGCAGCACCAUGAUCGAGCCAUCUACUAUUGCUACCAUCUCUGCGUCUGCCUCCAGCAGCGAAUCGGUCUACGUUCCUCUCCCAACUGAGACUAUCACUGCCAGUUCCGUCGAAUCUGUCAGCAGCAGCAUGGUCGAGUCGUCUUCCGUCCCUGAAAUCACCGCCACUGUCAGCGCCAGUUCGGUAUACGAGACCUCCAGCUCCGUCGAGACCGUCUCAAGCACCAUCAUUGAGCCGUCGUCCGUUGCCACGAUCUCUGCUUCCGAGACCGCCAGCAGCUCCAUCUACGUUCCUUCCCCGAGCGAGACCUCUGCUUCCAGCGAAGUGUCCUCGUCGGCCUCAAGCUCCAGCGACAUGUACCCUACUGGUUCAGUCUCUGCGACCACACCCGAGGCCGCGUCUUCUACCCCAUACGCGCCUUCCAUGGAGUACAGCAUGACAUUCUCUGCCGUCUACCCAUCCGAGGUCCACUCCUCUGUUGUCUACUCAUCUGGUGUAUACUCCACCGCAUCGCCGAUGUACCCCACCGACACUGUCUCUGCUACAUACCCUGCUGAGAGCUCCAAGAGCUCUGUUGCAUCCAGCACUGGCCACGUGAGCAUCCCAUCCGUAACGGAGAAGCCUGAGUACCCCGAGUCUUCGAAGGUUCCCGCCGGCUCCACCACCUCAGUCGUCACAACUACCUACGUCGACGUUUGCCCUACUGGCUUGACCACCGUCACCACCACCUACGUUGCGACCGUCUGCACCAAGUGCGCAAAGCCCACCGGCUCGACCGACGUACCUGAGGGCUGGACCACCAGCGUCUACACUGCCAGCACUGUCACCGUGACUAUCACCAAGCCCAUCGCUACCGCUACCCACGUGCCCGCAUACCCAUCCUCUGCUCCUUCCGUCGCAUACCCUGCAGACUACCCGGCUAAGCCCGUGUCCUCAGGCAAGCCUGCAUACCCUGCCGUCCCUGAGGCGUCUAUGCCUGCGUACCCUGUUGCGCCUGAGGCUUCCAAGGCUGCUGAGUACCCCGCUGUUCCUGGAGCAUCGAUGCCCGCAUACCCUGUCGCUCCUGAGGCUUCCAAGGCUGCUGAGUACCCAUCCGUUCCUGAAGCUUCCAAGGGCGCUGAGUACCCAUCUAUGCCCGAGGCCUCCAAGGCCGCAGAGUACCCUGCCAUGCCCGAGUACCCCAAGAAGCCCGUCGAGCAGGAGGCCACCAGCACGAUGUACAUGACCCUCACCAAGGUCGCAGUCCCUGUCUACACUCCUGCUCCUUACCCAACUGCUGGAGGUGCUCCUUACGUCCCUGCCGGCCCUGCUAUGAACGGUACCAGCAUGUACGCGCCUAUGCCUACUGGUACUGGUAAGCCUACCAUGCCCUCCCAGUACAUGCCGCCUGCGGAGUUCGAGGGCGCUGCUAGCCGGGUUGGAACUGGAUUCAUGAUGUUUGUUGGUGUUGUUGGUGCCGUUCUACUUCUCUAG